AUGCGGCGGGGCUCAUCCAUGGGGCUGCGGUCUCUCGAACUUCUCACCCUGCUAUUCACCUUCCUUAUUCCCUUUACGUCCGCCAUACAUUUCGAUCUUAUUCCGGGCACACAUUCGGGAAAACAUGAGAGAUGUAUACGGAACUUCGUGGGCCGUGACCAGCUCGUUGUCAUCACGGCCACAGUAAGCGGUCACAAAGGUGAUGGACAGGUUGUGAAUAUGCAUGUCAAGGGUUCCCUGGGUGACGAUUAUGCCAAACCAAAGGACAUAGCCGGCGAAAUCAGACAGAUGUUUACAGCUAGUGCCGACUCCUCGUUCGAUGUCUGCUUCGAGAACCUCCUCUCCGGCCGAAAUGCUGGCAACAACCCUUCUCGUCAGGUCGAAUUAGACAUUGAUAUUGGUGCUGAUGCACGCGACUGGGAUGCCAUCAAGGUCCAAGAGAAACUGAAGCCAGUUGAGGCCGAUCUACGCCGCAUUGAGGCAAUGGUUAGUGAGCUUGUUGCGGAAAUGGACUUCAUGCGCGCACGAGAGCAGAAGCUCCGAGACACCAACGAGAGUACGAAUGAGCGAGUUAAAUGGUUUGCUUUUGGCACAAUGGGCAUGCUGGUUGGCCUUGGUGUCUGGCAGGUGGUCUAUUUGAGAGCCUAUUUCAGCCGCCGUUCCCAAGUUCCCUCGACAGCUCUCUCACCAACACCGCGCGCGUGCUUCUCAAAUCGUCGCAAUGCCAGCAUACCCUACGCGAACAAAUACCCAAUAUCUAGCCUAGGCUAUCGGUGUUUAAGCUUCUCUUCGCGAUUGAGUAGCAAUGGGAGCGCGAAAAACAAGGCUGGGAUGGCGGAUGAAGAGCUUGCGGCCGGACAAACAAAGGGUGAACUAGAGGUCGGGGAGAUGGAAGGCAUUACCUUUAAGGUAGAGCCUCUAAAGAGGAAAGGGGAAGAUGACAGUACGAAGAGAGCGAGGCUGUUAUACCAGAGCCGCAAACGAGGAACUCUAGAGUCAGACCUGCUUCUAUCGACAUUCGCAUCUACAUAUCUGGGCAAGAUGACGAGGGCCCAGCUGGAGGAAUACGACCGGUUCCUGGACGAGAACGACUGGGACAUCUACUACUGGGCAACACAGGAGGCUCCAUCUGAAGGAACUGAGCCUGCCUCGAAGCCCAAGGACGAGCUCACGGAGACAUGGAAGAGCGGUGCUGCAAAGAGCGGCGAGUGGGCGCAGACGGUGGGAGCCUUCAAGCCCGCGUACCGUCCUGUGCCCCAGCGCUGGGCCGAGUCGGAGGUGCUCUCUCUACUGCGCCAGCAUGUCCUCAGCAAGCGCGCUGGCGAGGGCGAGGGAACCGGCGGUGGCCUGGGGAGGAUGCCCAACAUCGAGCUCUUCAAGUCGUAG